UCGAACACGUGGAACCUCACACCACUAUAUAUUCCAAACCUCACCCUACUCCACCAGAAGCCUCGAACCCUAACCCCUCUUUCUGCUUCUCUUCUCUCGCGAAAUCUUCACCUCACUAGAUCUGUUCUCUAUUCUCGAUCCAAGAGAUUAGAGGUUGAAGAUGGUGUCUGACGCGAGCAAGAAGAAGGCGGCACAGAAGAAAGCGGCCGCGGCGGCUAAGAGAGGAGGCAAGGCGGCUACCGCUGCGGCUUCGUCGAAAGCGGCGGCGUCUGACAAGGCUGCCGACAAGCUCGCUAAUGGAAUUGCGGAUAUGCAGAUUUCCGAUAGGACCUGUACCGGCGUCCUCUGUUCGCAUCCUCUCUCGAGGGAUAUUCGGAUAGAAUCUCUAUCAGUUACUUUUCAUGGACAUGAUCUGAUAGUCGAUUCUGAGUUGGAGCUGAAUUAUGGAAGACGUUAUGGGUUGCUUGGGUUAAAUGGUUGUGGAAAAUCUACCCUGCUUACAGCAAUAGGUCACCGAGAACUUCCUAUACCAGAGCACAUGGAUAUUUAUCACCUUACCAGGGAGAUUGAAGCCUCUGACAUGUCUGCAUUGGAAGCUGUCGUGAGCUGUGAUGAGGAAAGGUUGAGAUUGGAGAAAGAAGCUGAAACUUUGGCAGCACAGGAUGAUGGGGGUGGUGAAACUCUCGAACGUAUUUAUGAACGAUUAGAAGCCUUGGAUGCAUCAACUGCAGAAAAGCGUGCUGCUGAAAUUUUACACGGUCUUGGGUUCGACAAAAAGAUGCAGGCAAAGAAGACUCGUGAUUUUUCUGGUGGCUGGAGAAUGAGGAUUGCUUUAGCACGAGCUCUAUUUAUCAACCCGACCAUUCUUCUACUUGAUGAACCAACCAAUCACCUUGAUUUGGAAGCUUGUGUGUGGCUGGAGGAGAGUUUGAAGAAUUUUGACCGUAUUAUGGUUGUGAUUUCACAUUCCCAGGAUUUUCUUAAUGGUGUCUGCACGAAUAUCAUUCACAUGCAAAGCAAACAAUUGAAGAUGUAUACUGGUAAUUAUGAUCAAUAUGUUCAGACACGAUCUGAACUGGAAGAGAACCAGAUGAAGCAGUACAAGUGGGAGCAGGAACAGAUUUCCAACAUGAAAGAAUACAUUGCCCGAUUUGGGCAUGGAUCAGCAAAAUUAGCUCGCCAAGCUCAGAGUAAGGAGAAAACUCUUGCAAAAAUGGAGCGGGGUGGACUUACAGAGAAGGUAGCAAGAGACUCAGUUUUGGUAUUCCGCUUUGUUGACGUGGGAAAACUUCCACCACCUGUGCUCCAGUUUGUUGAAGUGUCAUUUGGUUACACUCCUGAUAAUCUCAUCUACAAGAACAUUGACUUUGGAGUUGAUUUAGACUCCAGGAUUGCUCUUGUUGGACCCAAUGGAGCUGGGAAGAGUACAUUACUGAAACUAAUGACAGGUGAAUUGGGUCCUACAGAUGGCAUGGUUCGACGCCACAAUCACCUUCGCAUUGCACAAUAUCACCAGCACUUGGCUGAAAAGCUGGACAUGGAAAUGUCUGCUCUUCUGUAUAUGAUGAGAGAGUACCCUGGAGUUGAGGAAGAGAAGAUGAGAGCAGCUAUUGGGAAGUUUGGACUGUCGGGCAAAGCGCAGAUCAUGCCUAUGAAGAACUUAUCUGAUGGGCAGAGGAGCCGUGUGAUAUUUGCAUGGUUAGCUUAUAGACAGCCUCAGAUGCUACUUUUGGAUGAACCAACUAAUCAUUUGGAUAUUGAAACAAUUGACUCACUGGCUGAAGCAUUGAAUGAAUGGGAUGGUGGUCUGGUGCUUGUUAGCCAUGAUUUUAGGCUCAUAAACCAGGUAGCCCAUGAGAUAUGGGUGUGUGAAAAUCAAGCUGUGAAAAAAUGGGAGGGUGGUAUUAUGGACUUCAAGCGACAUCUCAAGGCAAAGGCUGGUUUAUCUGACUAAAGUGAAGAAGAUAGUUAGAUGGGUGUUGCUGCUGCUGCUGUUUAACGAUUAAGAACUUAUAGCACAAUGUAGGGUGGGUGUUGCUGCGUAUAAGUGGAUUUCUAUAAUGGUGAUAAUAGUUGAGUUGAUUGGCAAGGAACCGGUGUAGAAAUCGGUUCAAACUUUUUUUGUGCCGAGAAGUCCUUUCACCCCCGUAAGAUUGGUAUUAUUUUUGUUUUUCAUUAUUUGUUGCGCUUAUCAAAUUUGGUUGCUUGGUUGAUAACCAGCAUGAUAGAUAACAUAGUAGAUGUGAUACCUAUCUGAAUCUACUAGUUGUACACGGCUUAAUUUAUGAACCAUAUGUGUUGUACCGAGAGCAUUAUUUUUACGGUAAUAUAAACUCUCAUUUUUCUGCUAAUAA